AUGGUAAGAGUGACGCCAUACCAGUGCCCGAAAUGCUUGAAGUAUUUCAAGUCCUCGCAGUCGUGCUGGAAUCACCGAAACACCUGCGGCACGGACAAGAAAUUUCGUUGCGCGAUCUGCGGCUAUCGGUCUCAUCAAAAGGGAAACGUCUACAGGCAUCUAACCCGUCAUCAUCCGGCAACUAGUCAAAGGGAACGAGCCAACUGCGUGCAAAGAGUGAUCGACCGCGAGCGAAAUACACUCUCGUUCGACAAUGAGCCGAGCGAGAACAAACCGAUCGAGGAGAACUCCGAUCUGCCGGUACAGGCGUGGAAGAUCCACGAGCAGGGGCUGCUGCCGUUCGCCGAGCUCAAGAUACCGAAGGCGUACAACUUCGUCGGGAAGAAACCGCCUGGACAGUUCGGUUGCAGCAGAUGCGGAAGAUCGUACAUGAGGAAGGACUCGUUGCAGCGGCACGUUCAGUGGGAGUGCGGCAAGGAGCCACAGUUUCAGUGUCCAUUUUGUCCGCAGCGGUCCGAGGACCUGAGCAUCACCGGGCUAAAAUGGGCGGCAGCCUGGCAGAGAUGGAGCGUGCCCUCGAUCAUGUGGCGAUCCGGCGGUGGAUUGGGCAAGGGCCUCGGCUCCGGCUCCUCGAACCCGGAGGGUUUCAAUUGCCCGGCCUGCGGCCGUGUCUACAAGCUAAAGAGCAGCCUGAGAAAUCACCAGAAAUGGGAGUGCGGCAAGGAGCCACAAUUCCAGUGUCCCCACUGCGUUUACAGGGCGAAGCAGAAGAUGCACAUCGCGCGGCACAUGGAACGGAUGCACAAAGAGAAGAUCUACAAGCAGGAGCUCGUGUAA